ACGACACACGGAUACGCACGAGGCUGGGGCACACCUCGGUUGCCUUCUAUGGAUGAUAUAUGUCGAUUUGAGCUCCUAGGACCGGCCCUACCCGUUUCGAACUCGUGCGGGACAACAUCUGAAAACUCUAAAAUUGCAUUCAAAUGGCCCGCAGGAAGUCUCACACUAUCGCAAUAUUCACGCGCUCGCCAAUCUUUAUAACCUCCUUGAGACACGGCAUUGGGUCCUAGUGUCCUCGUCAGGAUGUCACAGGCGAUUAUCCCUCCAACAGACGGCACGUUGCCGACACUUAUCGACUUCUUGGAUUUCAAUGCCAAAUAUAAUGCGGAACGACCCUACUUCAUCUUUCCUUCGCGGAGCAACCCGACAAAGCUAACAUCUUUAUCAUUCUCGGAGGUCGCACAGGCAAGUCAUAGAGCUGCUCAUAUCCUGAGGCCAAACAAGCAAGGAAACAACGGCGAUGUCAUUGCCGUGCUCUUGCAUACAGACACGAUACUUUACGCCACAGUCGUCCUUGGCAUACUCCGAGCGGGGCUCGUGCCAUAUGCCAUCUCUCCUCGCAACUCUGCGCAGGCCGUUUGUCAUCUGCUCGACGCGACUUCCUGCAGGCGCAUUAUCUCUCAAGCAUCGAUGUCUACGCUUGUGUCCCACAUUCGUGUAGACAGAGACGCAAAGGAUCGGCCUCUCGAUGUGCACGAAAUGCCGGCUCUCUCUACUCUUUACCCAACACUAGGCGACCCCAUCGAACAUGACAAUGCUUCCUUCCAGCCGUAUCCAAGUUCCGGCACCCCUGCUGAUAUACAUAGUCUCGCAUUGUGUUAUCUCCACUCUUCUGGGUCCACUGGUUUCCCCAAGUCUAUAUUUCUUUCGCAUGGCUUCGUCCUCGGAUGGGCUAAUCUCACAGAUCUCUUCGCUGGUGCCCGGUUGCGCAGGUUACGCUACGCGUCAAUGGCGCUCCCUUCGUUCCAUGCGCUGGGUAUGAUGCAGCAUCUUUUUUAUCCACUGACAAGUGGAGAGGGCACAGUCGUCUACACACCUCAGUACCCUGCCGCUCCUACCGUCGCUCAUCCGCAGAGCAUGUACGAGCUUGCGAAGUUGAGCAAGUGUUCUGCCAUAUCGCUCGUGCCCUCCGUUUUAGAGGCCUUGUCGCGAUCCGAGGAAAUUGUGCAAUUCCUGAGUACACUGAGUCUCGUGUCAUUCGGAGGCGGUCCUCUGUCCCAGACCGUGGGUGACAGGCUAGUGGCAGCAGGCGUCCCUCUGAGGCCAACUUACGGAGCUACAGAGAUCGCGGGACCUAUCAAGAUAUGGCCUGAGCCUAUCACCCCGGACCGGCUACCACCGAUUACGCCAAACGAGGAUUGGGCCUGGUUUGAAUGGACAAGCGAAGCAAAGACGAGGAUGGAGCCUCAGGGGGACGGGACAUGCGAGCUAGUCAUACUAAUAGCGGUUCAGGACCAUAAUCACUUCCCUAUGGCAGUCUACAACGUACAAGGAGAAAAAGCAUACGCGACAUCUGAUCUGUUUGAGCCUCACCCCAGCAAGGAGGGGCUUUGGAGAAUCGUUGGGCGAAAGGACGACGUCAUCACUUUGAGUACAGGCGAGAAGAUCGUGCCGCUUCCUCAGGAAAAUCACAUCCGCACUUGCCCAAUGGUGAUGGGAUGCCUCAUGUUUGGUCGGGCGAGGGAGCAAGCUGGACUUCUCGUCGAGCUUGCAAAGGAGCAUACCUUCGACCCGAGCGAUGAAGUCGCAUUAAUACAAUUUCGGAAUAAGCUCUGGCCUGUUGUUGAGGAAGCCAACGCCGUUGCCCCUGCGUUUGCGAAGAUCUUCAAAGAUAUGAUCAUCGUCACAGACCCAUCCAAACCGCUACCUAGGGCUGGAAAAGGUACUAUCCAACGCAAGGCGGCGAUAUCUCUGUAUACAGACGAGAUUAACAAGCUAUACGAGGCCGUUGCCGAGAGCACGACCGUUGGCGAUAUGGCUCUGCCCGAGUCUUGGAACGACGGCUCUCUAGUCCAUUGGCUCAGCAUGCAGGCAGCCUCAGUGAACAAUGGCCGGGAGCCUUCGCUGGAGAUCGACUUGUUCCAGCAAGGCUUUGACAGUUUGAGUGCAACGUUUUUCCGGAACCGUAUCAUCAGCACUCUGCGCGCCUUCGGAGAGCCACAUCUGACGCAAGCUGCACAGAGCAUCUCCCCAAAUCUCAUCUUCGAAUAUCCGACAAUCCGCGGCCUCGCUUCAUUCCUGAGUAGACUUGUGGAUACGGCCUCGGACGAGCGUUCGCAGGCCGCUAGUCCCGGUGUGGCUGUGGCAGAAAUCGAGGCCCUUGUGCGCAGAUACACGUCGGACCUUCCGAGGGCAAAGGCCAACGCAUCUGUGGGUCCGCAAGGAGCACCAGUUGUCCUGUUGACAGGCUCAACUGGGAACAUCGGCUCGCACAUACUCGUCUCCCUUUUGGCUGACGACCGGAUUGCUUGUGUCUACACCUUGAAUCGAUCCUCAACUAGCCCUCCUAUUGAGCGUCUCAAGACAGCGUUCAGCGAGCGAGCGUUGCCCGUGGAUAUCCUCGAUUCUCCAAAGCUUUCGGCCUUCGUUGGCGAUAUCACCCAGAGCAAGUUCAACUUGGAUUCUAUUAUGCUGGCCUCCAUCACCCACAUCAUCCACAACGCUUGGACAGUCAACUUCAACCUCUCGCUGCAGUCAUACGAGGACCAGAUUGCUGGUGUGCGGUGGCUCGUGGACGUCUGUGCGAAUGCGGACCAUCCGAUUAAGCUUCUGUGCACCUCAUCUGUAGGAUCUACAAGCCUUUGGGGCCCUAGCCUGGGUCCUGUACCAGAACGACCCCUUUCAGAUCCCGCGGCGGCCACCAGCAACGGCUAUGCCGCGUCAAAGUAUGUCGUGGAGCAAAUAAUGGAUGGGGCUGCUGCCAAUGGGUUAUCCGCAAUGGUGGUCCGGAUGGGGCAGGCAUGUGGAUCCAAAGCGACUGGGGCGUGGGGUACCACGGAAUGGAUACCCAUCAUGAUCAAGUCCAGCGUAUCACUUGGUUGCUUCCCAGAGAUGACUGGCCUCGUCAGCUGGGUACCUCUCGACGCCAUCGGCAGUGCCUACAUCGAUUGGGUCGUCUCCGACGACAAGAUGCCCCUUCUUGUGAAUGUGGUGCACCCGCGUCCGGCAUCGUGGGACGUCGUGCUUCGCGGUAUCAAGACGGAACUCGGGAGAGAUCUGCCCGUGAUCCCGCUGGACGUCUGGAUCGCGAAACUCGACAUACAGUCAUCUGCCGCGACCACGGAGGACCUAGCCAGAGUUCCUGCCUUAAAAUUGAUGGGCUUCUUCCGUCGCCUGGCAGCGGCUCGUUGGGACGGCGGAGGUCGUGUAGACGGUCUCUUGUUUGCGACAGACGAGCUCCAAUGCUCUAGUCCGACGAUGCGCGAGUUACAGCCACUUUCAGAAGACCACGCACGGAUGUGGGUGCGGUAUUGGAAGGCGAGGCAAUAUCUGUAGAAUAUGUAGUCCAGACUCGAGAGCCUCCGGAUAGUCAGGCUACCGACCCAUCGUUUUGCGCGCGGUAUGGCAGCGGCGACUCGCAGUGAUUCAGUGGAAAAUCUCAAUUAUUUUUGUUUAAAGUAAGAUGAUAGCCCUUUGCACAAAAUAUCAAGCGAUGUACUAUCCAUCGGAGGGUCAGACUUCCGUAACUGGCUUCAAAAGCGUAGCAGUAUGUUCUGAGCAUUU